GGACAGAGGAAUGGCCAUAACGACCAUGUCUGACUCCAGCAGGCUUACAGAGGUGUCUACACUGGCUUAUCUGGACGAAGGGACCUCAACGUCAGACACAGAGUGUGGAGAGGAGCCUGAUCUCCAGCCAAGAGCUCUGGAGGAACCAGAAGACACUGGAAUAUCAGACAUCGUGUCGAGGGCUGAGGAAUAUCAAACGUAUGGCUUUACAAGUUUAGAAGACAACAACAUCCAGUCGUGCAUCAGCAACAGGUCAGAUGUGUCAUUCCCUUCAAGUGAGAGAGAGAAGAAAUCUACAGCUUGCUGCCUCAGAAAACAUCACAGGAAACACGGAACAGAGAUUAAAGACACGAGGAAAACGAGGGGGACGUGUAGACAAGACAGAGCAAGAACAAGAAGAAAUGCUCCAUUACUUUCUGACCAGAAGACCAGCGGCUCCUCAAGAUGCUCCAAACCAAGCACUGAAGAUCAAGACAAGUUCUCCUCGACACCUCAACCUCAGCAGGUCACUCCGGAUCUCCAUCUGUGGGAUUGUCCUCAAGAUGUUUCCCGUAUACGCCUUCAAAAGCUGGAGGUCGACUUCCCUUCGACCUUUGAGUCUCACAGUUUGAUAUCUGACGGUGUGGAACCAAACUUUGACUCUGAGUUUGCAUAUAUCUAUGCUGAGAGCAUCAAGGGAUGUGACUCUACUUGUUGCACGACUCCAGGAGACUGUAAUACCCACAAUCCUCUUGUCAAAACUGAUACAAGCCCUGAAAGAGACCCUGAAUCUGUCUGGAACAGCUUUGAGGAAGAAUCGGAAGACUCGGAUUGUGAUUUAUAUAUGUUUGCUUGCAGUUUAGCAGCUACUGCAGGUUCCAGGUUGAACGCUGACUGCUUUGGGUCUUUACUAGAUGAUUUUGACUCGACUUGUAUUUAUACAGACUGGGAAAGGACAGAAACCGAGCAGGGUUACAGUCCAGCCGAAGCGGAGUGGUCCUCUGAGAGUUCAUGUUCCCCCGCCGACUGUGACUCUUACUGUACCACAGACAGACAAACCAGCAGCUCAGAUUCAGACAGCUGCCGUUUAGAGGCUCUCGGUGACAUCAAAUGUCCUGAAGUGUUUUUGCCGGGAUUUGAAGGUUGCUUUGACUGCUGUGAUGCAGCUGAAGAUGUCUGCAGAGACACAGAGAGCGAUCCUGAGUCUUUUUGCUCCAGACGGGAUACAGCUGAACUGUGCGGUGUUGUGACUCAAAUGGACCGACGGCAUUUCUCUGAGUUUUUCUGUGAGAUGAUUAAAGAAGUGACGCAGGAGAAAAUGAAUGUAAAUGAGGGGUUUCUGUUCCACCCUAAGCAGUUCCUCCAGGUGAAGAACUCUGAAUAUAGAGAGGGACGUGAAUAUUCAUUUCUCCAUCACAUUCAAAAUGGCUCAUAUGGAGACGUCUUCAGCAUUCGGGACAAACAAACAGGAUUUACAUGUGCCGCCAAAAAGAUUCCCCUUUGUAGUUUUAGGUGGGAGGAAGUGGAAACAUGGAGCAGGAUGGAGUCUCCUCGUGUCCUCCAGCUGUAUGGGGCCGUGAGAGAGGGGUCCAAUGUAAUUCUCUUCAUGGACCUGAAAACAGGUUCUUUAGCUCAGUUGCUGAGAGUGAAGGGUUGUCUGUCUGAAGAACUGGCUCUGUAUUAUCAUUCUCAGGUCCUGCAGGCUCUCCAACACCUGCACGGCAGACGCGUCGUACACCUGGAUGUCAAAGUUGACAACGUGUUGCUGUCUGAGGAUGGCAGACAGUGUUUUCUGUGUGAUUUUGGACUCUCUGAGACACUCAAUCAGGGUGGAUACAGCACCAAAACCUUCAGAGGGAACAUUCUGCGUGGCACAGAGUCUCACAUGCCGCCGGAGGUGGCGAGGGGUGAUCCUCGCUCUGCUAAAGCUGACAUCUGGAGCAGCUGCUGUAUGUUACUGCAUAUGCUCAACGGACACCAGCCCUGGACGCGAUACUACCCUCAUCCACUCUAUCUGAAGAUUGUGAGUGAGCCGCCUCCUUUAUGGGAGAUUCCACCUGACUGUGACCCGCUGACCUGUGACGUCAUCAAAGGGGGACUGGUUAAGGAGCCGAGAGAGAGACAUUCGGCAUCAGAACUGCUGCAAAAAACUGUGAAAGCACUCAGAACAGUAUGUGGUAAACAAUAUUCAGCACCUGUGCUCGAAGACUGUCCCAAUUUGAACUUGCAUGAGACACCUGUCCUAUCCAUCGUGGAAACUCCAGUGAAAACAAGUCCUCCUAGUUUCCCAGAAGACCUCUCAGCACCUACAAUUCACUGGGUGAGCACAUGGAGACAGAUGGCACCAAACGAGGAUGAUUCUGACUCCACGACGGAGGAGAGCGAGUGGGAUGAAGAUGCAGAUAUCAACAAAUUAAAAAGAGACAAGAUGAGCAGCUGGAUGGACAGAUACUGGGGUGAGGAGGAAAAUAAUAAGAAACAAAUCUAUUCAGAAGAUGACAGAGAGCUCGAAUCUGAUGAAGACACAUCACAGAUCAAUGAAAAUCUCAAAGCAACAGAUCAAACAGAUGCUGAAGAAAGCAAAACCGAUUAUUUCACUGAAAAAAGAGUUGUGUUUGGGGGGUGCGGUGAAUGUGACAGAAGUCUUUUAGAGGAAUCAGAGAGCUGGGAUGGAGAGAUCCGAAGCGUUGUGGAUGAUGAGGAGGUGGAGAGUGAUUUGGAGAGUCUUCGAGAGCUUGGCAGCGAUUGGGCGCAGGAGUGGGAGCCGUUUCUACAGCUCCAGACACUUUAUCACCCGAAAGAAGCUCAACUGCAGAGCGAAGACAGCUAUUCGGAGUCUGAAGAAGAGUCGGUCAUGCUGAGGAAGAGUGAACAAAAAGGCACAGGUUUACCUGAUUCUAAUGGGACGCAACCUCUCACCUGCACCAGCUUCUUUUACUCUGAGCAAGACAUUAGCGAUGAGGACUCUGAUGAUUUAAGCUCGGGGGUCUUUUCCUCCUGUAGCACCACAGAUGGCCAUAGCUUCAAUGUGGAUUGGUCAGUGUCAACUGACCAAACGCCGUCUUGCUUCUUUGAAGGUCUUGGUGUGGAUAUAUGGGUGGAAGAUGUAAGCGGAGAGAGUUUAAAGAUCAGAGAGAGGCCACAGGUGAAAAUCGGACACAUUGCUGUGGGAAUCAGUGAACAGAUAUCUCUGAGGACAUUCAGUUUGGCCACCCUAGACGGGCGUCUGGUGUCUCCGGACACAGAAGUAUGCGAGUCGGGCAUGUGGCUGCAGUGCGUUCCUGCUUCUGACGGCAGUCUCAGCUGGGAUUGGAGGGUCAGAGAUGGAAAACUAGAGCUGCGAGAAUAUGAUGAACAUUCAGAUACCUGCUCAACAGUGGCACUCUAGCAAAAGUGACCAUUACAAACAAACAGA